AUGACCGAUACUCAAGAAAGUGUCGUGAUAAACCAAAAUACUAUCGGUCAGAUAUUAGGAUUCUUAUGGAGAUUAAAGAAGAGCUGCAUUGAGAGUGAAUGGUUUAUUCCCAGCACCAUCGUGGCUGUGCUUGCUGUCGGCUGUGUAGGGGCUCUGUUUCUUUGUCAGACGACCUCCGCCAUGUGGCAAGAUUUAAUUCUCACUAAGAACGCCAUCAAAUCGUCAGAAACAACUUUGGAAAAAAUGCUUGAUAAGAGGGAACAAGGCUCCAAAGCUUUCAUCGAGAAUGCUAUAAAAACCUUCGAAGCACGCGUCGAGACUAAUAUGGCUGGAAAGUUCGAAGAACUGAAGAGACUGUUAGUAUCAGUGCGUAAAAACUGUGCCGAGCUGUACAAAUCUGGAAUAACCAGCGGUGUUUAUACAAUCAAACCGGAUGGUGAUGGACCCGACUUUGAAGUGUUUUGUGACCAAAAAACUGCCGAAGGGGGAUGGAUAGUGGUCCAAAAGAGGUUUGAUGGCACUGUUGAUUUCCACCGCAACUGGUUUGACUACAAGAAAGGCUUUGGUAACCUUAGUGGCGAGUUUUGGCUCGGACUGGACAAAAUACACCGCUUGACAAAAUCCCCGAGUAAGCUAAGAGUCGAUCUGGAAGAUUUUGACGGUAGAACUUCUUACGCCGAGUACGACAUGUUUGAAAUAGCGACUGAAAGUAAGAAGUACCAGUUGAGCGUUAGUAAAUAUUCAGGAACUGCUGGCGACUCCCUUACUCAACAUGAUGGCCGUCCCUUUUCAACCAAGGAUCGGGACCAUGACAGCUAUGAUGGUAACUGUGCUGAGCGACAUAAAGGAGCCUGGUGGUUUACUAAUUGUUUUCACUCAAACCUGAACGGUGUCUAUCGUCAUAAAAAGGAGGUAGCUACUAAUAGUGGAGUCAGCUGGAAUUGCUGGAAAGAAAACCUCCAAUCUUUCAAGAGGGCUGAAAUGAAAAUCAGACCAGUGGAUUCAUAG